ACUUCAUAUGUGUUGUCUCCUCAGGAGUAUAUCAAGUGAGCUGGGAGUCGACUGGUUUGUCCUGAACACAGGAACCCCCCCUUCACCUUCAGAGGCCUCUCAGCAAGAUCUUUUUCCUGUAUCGCUUCUUCUAAAUUGUCUUUAAAAUGGAGGACGGCUAUCAAAACCGGACUGCUUUCAUAAAAGGUGCCAAAGACAUUGCAAAAGAAGUCAAGCGGCAAGCCUCAAAGAAAGUUGGCCGCUCGGUGGAUCGGAUGAGCGACGAGUACAGCAAGAGGUCCUACAGCCGCUUUGAAGAGGACGACGAUGACUACCCUAUGCAGGGGAGCCAAGAAGGAGGCUACUACCGCAGCGACAGCCAGGCCGCCAACGACGACGAGGGUGGCCACAGUGACUCCACCGAGGGCCAUGACGAGGACGACGAGAUCUACGAGGGGGAGUACCAAGGAAUCCCCAGGGCCGAUUCUGGGAAAGGCGACCUGGCCGGAGGUCCUGGGUCAAUAACAGCCGGGGCUCAGCAGUUCAAAGAUGUUGGGGCAUCCGAGGCGGCGAGGCGGAAGGACCAGGAGGAGCUGGCUCAGCAGUACGAGACCAUUUUACAGGAAUGCGGCCACGGGAAGUUCCAGUGGACCCUGUACUUCGUGCUGGGGCUGGCACUGAUGGCCGAUGGCGUGGAAAUCUUCGUGGUGGGGUUUGUCCUCCCCAGUGCAGAGAAGGACAUGUGUCUGUCUGAACCCAGCAAAAGCAUGCUUGGCCUCAUCGUGUACUUUGGGAUGAUGGUUGGGGCUUUCCUCUGGGGGGCCAUGGCAGACCGGAUAGGCCGUCGGCAGUCCCUCAUCAUCUCUCUGUCCAUCAACAGUAUCUUCUCCUUCUUCUCGUCCUUCGUUCAGGGUUACAGCACUUUUCUGUUUUGCCGCCUCCUCUCGGGUGUUGGAAUUGGUGGCUCCAUUCCCAUCGUGUUCUCCUACUACUCUGAAUUUCUGUCCCAAGAGAAGCGCGGCGAGCACCUCAGCUGGCUCUGCAUGUUCUGGAUGAUUGGAGGAAUUUAUGCGUCCGCCAUGGCCUGGGCCAUCAUCCCACACUAUGGGUGGAGUUUCCAGAUGGGCUCAGCGUAUCAGUUCCACAGCUGGCGAGUGUUUGUGCUGGUCUGUGCGUUUCCUUCUGUUGCCGCCAUCGCCGCACUCAACGCCAUGCCUGAGAGCCCACGCUUCUACUUAGAGAAUGGGAAGCAUGAUGAAGGCUGGAUGAUUCUGAAGCAAGUUCAUGACACAAACAUGAGAGCGAAAGGAUACCCAGAGAAGGUGUUCACUGUCACCACAAUAAAGACUGUGAAGCAGGUUGAUGAGUUGGUGGACAUUGGCACCGACACCCCCGUCUGGCAGCGCUACAGGCUGAAGAUUAUGAGUCUCUCCCAACAGAUACGCAAAAACAUUCUUGCCUGCUUUAGCCCUGAAUACAAAAGGACCACCUUUAUGCUCAUGGCUGUUUGGUUCAGCAUGUCUUUCAGCUACUACGGGCUGACGGUGUGGUUCCCUGACAUGAUCAAGUACAUCCAGAAGCAGGAAUAUGAAUCACGGACAAAGACCUUCACCAAGGAGCGAGUGGAGCACGUCACUUUUAACUUCACCCUGGAAAACCAAGUCCAUCGCGAUGGAUACUAUUUUAAUGCCAAGUUCCUCAGCCUGAAGAUGAAGUCCAUGGUGUUUGAAGACUCUGUGUUUGAGGAGUGCUACUUUGAGGACGUCACCUCCACACACACGUUCUUCAGGAACUGCACCUUCAUCGCCACCUUGUUCUACAACACAGAUUUGUUCAAGUACAGGUUCAUCAACUGCAAGCUGAUCAACAGCACGUUCCUCCACAACAAAGAGGGCUGUAUGCUGGACUUCAGCGAUGACUUCAACAACGCCUACAUGAUAUACUUUGUCAACUUCCUCGGUACACUAGCUGUGCUCCCUGGGAACAUUGUGUCUGCGCUUUUGAUGGACAAAAUUGGCCGUUUGAGGAUGCUGGCGGGAUCUAGCAUCAUAUCCUGUGUCAGCUGCUUCUUCUUGAUGUUCGGCAACAGCGAGUCGGGGAUGAUCGCCCUCUUGUGUCUGUUUGGUGGCAUCAGCAUCGCCUCGUGGAACGCCCUGGAUGUGAUAACGGUGGAGCUGUACCCGUCAGAUAAAAGGACCACAGCGUUCGGUUUCCUGAACGCCCUCUGCAAACUGGCAGCUGUUCUGGGCAUCAGCAUCUUCCAGUCGUUCGUGGGCAUCACGAAGGCCGUACCCAUCUUAUUCGCCGGCGGAGCGCUCGCCGCCGGCAGUUUCCUCGCGACAAAGCUGCCUGAGACGAGAGGCCAGGUGUUGCAGUAAGGCAGACGACCAGCAGUAGGCAGCAGAGUUCAGCAGGAGGGAGAGAGUGAUAGGCCUGAAUAUCCGCGAGAGCUUCAGCGCUGCCCGUUCGUUUCACAGCAACAGUAGAGACUGCCUGCCCCCCUAUUGUAAGCCCAGAAUCCUUUGAAAUGUGGAUUGCAUCGUUCAAUGUCAGGUAUUAAAGAAGAGCAAACAUUUUUGUUUUUUUUUAAGAAAUCUCAACACCUGUGGCUUAUUUUCAGCUGCUCUGACAGGUAUUACAAAAGUCUAAUCCUACAAAGGUGGUUAAAUAUGUAUUUGUACUAAGACACAGUCACAGUGGAGUGGCAGAAAAUACUGAAAAGAAGAAGCAUUUGUUGUGGGAAAGAUUUAGCUCAUGCACGCUGAAAUCGCAGCGUUCUUCUUUACUCGUGUGUCUUAAUCUCCAUGACUGGUUUACAGAGCUGUUACUUAUUAUACUGUUUUCUAAUAGUUCAGUUCAUCACUGCCAGGCCCGCUGGAAGCUGGUAUUACCUACCAAAACCCACUAAAACAUUUCAGUAAAGCUGAUUUCCUCAGACAAACAGACGGAGAUGCAUUUCACAGGAUUCUUAGAUCUAGUUCCUCCGUGUCAAGCUGGUGUUUACCCUCCCUGUGUGUGACAGUCUGUGGAUGUUCAUGGGUGAGAGGGAUGGAUUUUGGUCAAAUGUUUAUGUGUGAGAGGAGACCAUAAUGUGCUUUUUGUCUGCAUUAGCUGUGUGUUUUAAGGGAGCCAGUUGUGUUUGAGCUUUUGUGGAUGGAAAAACUGGGAGGUUGAAGUGUUUGUUUUUAGGUGAAAAUCAGGUUUUGGAGUUAGCUUCACAAAAAGGUUAAUGUACGUCGAUCGAAUUGACUGCUUGUUUCUAUGUCAGCAGAAUGUUUUCAUAUUUUGAUUUAUUGUAGUCAUAAAGAUUCAAAACAACUCUUAAUGUCAUCUUAUGUCCUCAGACUCAGGAGGAAAUCCCAGACCUUAAGCAGGUCUAGGUAGUUUUAUCCUAAAGAUGAUUUGUUUCUUAUUGUAUUCAAAAUUCCCCAAUCUGAUUUUUUUUUUUUUGUCCUGGAGGUCAGUGAGUGAUUUGCAGAUACCAAGACUCACUGUGAUAUUAUAUUAAAAUGAUUAAAAUUAGUUCUAAGACU